CUCCCGGUCACUGGCGGCCGGUGCCUCCGGCGGAGCCUAUCCCCGCCCGCUCGAGGCGGCUGGGGCACAACCAGACUCGGCUUCCUCGUGGUCCGGUCCGUGUCUGUCUCGGCACCGCAUCACUCUUCUCUGUCGCCAGCCCGAGCACGGCCCCUGGCACACUCAGCUCCCGUACCCAUCCGUUGAAUUGCCGCCAGGCCCUGGACUGACACCUCUCAAAGCCACAGCCCCGCCUCAGACCGCUCUCUGAACUUAGAUUUGUACAUCCAUCGGCCUUCUCUGCAUCCCCAUUGAGAAGUCUGGUGUACAAUAAAGCAGUUCUACCAUUCUAUACAUUACUCAGUGCUCAUCAUGAUAUCUUCUGAACACCCAAUAUGGACACAGCCGUUGCCCUCAAGGAGAAGGAUACCUGCAAACAGGUGGCCCCGAUCAAGGAGGAAAUACGCAAGUAGCACAAAUGUCUAUGAAGGAAGUGGGUGAUGGCUUGCAGGAUCAGAUGAACUGCAUGAUGGGUGCGCUGCAAGAACUAAAGCUUCUUCAGGUGCAGGCAGCACUGGAACAGCUGGAGAUCUCUGGAGGGAGUCCUGCCCCAGGCUGCCCUGAAAGCCCCCGGACACAGCCCCAGGCCCCUGCCAGGCCCACGGCCUGCUCCUCCUCCAACCAACCUUUUGGCACGAAGUUUCCGUCCUGUAGGAGUGUCUGUGGGAGGGAUCUGGUCCCCCUGACCAGAGCACAGCUCCCAGAGCACCAAAGCUGUGCCCAGCAGGGGCCAGAGCUGGCGGAACCGGAAGACUGGACCUCCACAUUGAUGUCCCGGGGCCGGAAUCGACAGCCUCUGGUCCUAGGUGACAAUGUUUUUGCGGACCUGGUGGGCAACUGGCUGGAUUUGCCGGAACUGGAGAAGGGUGGGGAGAAGGGGGAGGCAGGGGAGCCCAAGGGGGAGAAGGGCCAGCCCCGGGAGCUGGGCCGCAGGUUUGCCCUCACAGCAAACAUCUUUAGGAAGUUCCUGCGCAGCGUGCGGCCUGACCGAGACAGGCUGCUGAAGGAGAAACCGGGCUGGGUGACACCCACGGCCUCGGAGCCCAGAGCCGCCCGCUCACACAAGGUCAAGAAGCGGAGCCAUUCCAAGGGCUCUGGACACUUCCCCUUCCCGAGCACUGCCGAGCCCAGAAGGGGGGAAAGUCCUUCCACAAGCUGCCCCAAGGCCCUGGAACCCUCACCCUCUGGCUUUGAUAUUAACACAGCUGUUUGGGUCUGAAUCCUAGAGACAGAACGUUGACUGAACCCAAAAGGUCCAGGUCCCCAGUGCUGGGCCCUGGGAAGGAUGGGGGGAGGGGGGCGGGUGCUAUGGCUUUCAAAAGCCUAACUCUGGGUUCCUUUUUCCCAGGAAGGAGGGAAAAGAAGCGAGAGUGUCUGGAGUAGGACUAACAGGCAUGUGGUUGGUAGAGGCUGUGGUGGGGGCUGGCUGGUGGGGAGAUGAGGGUUCCCGGACUGAAAGAGAGAUUGAGAGAGUGGUGCUCACCUUGGGGCUGCAGGUGAUGAGGGGCCUGGGGCAGGAGACCAGGAAAUUCUUACAUUCCUUCACUGCCCCAACUAAACAUUCUGUAUGGAUUAGGGCACUGGGGCCUCAUGUUCCCCUAGAAAGGCCCCCAAUAAAGACCUUGGCUCCUGUGUCCCCAGCCUUAUAACCGCUGGCAUCCCUGGCAAAGCACUGCUCCAGGCACAGGCAUGAAACCCCAGCCCUCCUGGGAUAGGGAUCAGCAGAGAGGAAACUUCCCACUCCCACCUCUCCCUGUUGGCCUUCAAGAUUUCAGCCCAUACCUGGAUCCUGGGAAAUGGGCCUAAUAAGGAGUGUAUGUAUAAGGAGUACUCGAGGGAGCCCUAUGUCUUUUCAAAAGCACAGGAAAGAUACCUGUAUAGCACUUUAAAGUUUGAAAGCCUUUUCAUAUCCCAUAUCCGUUAUCUCCUUUUGAGUAAGCAAGUAAGGCAGUUUAGCCCCCUUUUCCCGAUGAGGAAGCAAGCUUAGAUAUGCCACCUGCGGGCAGGUGGCAGAUCAGCGCAGGGCUGACCCAAGGGCUGCAGCAGGGCCCUGGAGGCACAGGAGCUCCUUCCCCAACACCCCGCCUCCAGCACUGAAAUCCCCUCUCACCACCUCCCUCCCCCGCCCAGCUCCGGACGCAGGCACAGGGCGUUCACCAGCGAGGCCAAGGUGGGCCCAUAAGAAAUACGCCCCGUGUUUUAGAUUCCCAGCUCCACCCCACGAUCGGGCGGCUGGGGGAAGGGCGGCAACUCCGCUCCCUACUCGAGGCGCCUAAAGCUUUCCUGGAGCGGCGCACGUGGCUGUCCGCCCCCCCCCACCCCCCACCCCCCCCCCGGGGAGCUGCCGGCCCGCCCACGCCCCGCGGGGACCGCCCGCUGCUUGGGAAAAGACAAUGUGGGUCCCUGUUUGGGCCGGCCCGCCCUGGAGGCACUCCCCCUCUCCCCGCCUUGCUCCUCCAGACUGAGCUCCUCUCCGCUUGAUGGAGGGGAGGGGGGGGGGGGUGACAGCUGCAAUUAGAGGCAAGACGCCUUCCCGCCCUAGGCGCAUUAACAAAUUGGAGAAGAAAAAUAACAAGAAAGGCUCUUCCUGCAUCCUGGACCCCCGGAGACCAAGCUGGAGGAGGAGGCUUAGCGCAGCAGCAGCACAGCGGGAAUUGGGGGGCGGUGAGGAUCGCGCUCAGAUCCCCACGCAAUCAAAUCGUAGAAGUUUUUGUUGGCGGAAGCUACGAGGGGAAGGUGCUAAUUUCAUUCAUUUCCUUGAGCGCUCGCUAUCUGCCAGGCAGUGUGCACAACUUGUCUUUCAGACUUCAGAAUGACCCUAGAAAUGAUGGUCUUCCCAGUAAGUGGGUGGAAGCCCUUGGGGGUCACAUAGGCUGCCCAGAUUCGGCUUCUGGCUCAUGGAAGAAUCAGGAUUGUCUGGCCGCAAAAACGGCCUUUCAUACUCUCCCUGAAGUUUGCCAGUUGAGGCAGCGCUUUCUGGAGGAGCAAGGCCCUACCCAUCCUUUCUGUCUUCCCACAGAACUCUGAUAUUUCAGUCCUGGGGGAAGGCCUGUUGGCUGUGGCUGCCUUGGUGAUGGUGGUGCUGUGUGCAUAUGUUCAGUGUGUGUGUGGGUGGGUGGGUGGGUGGGUGGGUGUGGGUGAAGGCUCCUCCCACUGGGUGGUGGUGAAGUCACCAGCUCCCAGUCCGGAAUGAUUCCGCAGGAAACCAAGUCCCCUCUUGGCCGUUCAUCUGUGACUCAUCUGUUUUGUGGACCAGUCAUAACAAUCCAGACCCAACUGAACAAAACUUUACGAACAUCUCCUAAAGGCCGGGCAUCGGGACAGGAUCAAAACACAGCAAGAAAGAGGACCCGGUUCCUGGCUCAAGGGGUUCAGUAAGAAGAAACAACUCUUUACCCAUCAGUUAGCCAGAAGGGAUCCAAGGGAAUGAACUCAUUUUAACUGGGCCAGAACAAAACCAUUAGGAGUGACAUUUGCUGGCAACAGAAUCCCCAGGCCUGGGGCAACGCUAUUGCCAUCUUUGCGUUCGUUCGUUCACGUUUCCUUCUCGCCUCACUCUGGAAGUGGCUGCUGUUGCUCUUAUUCUGCAUGGAGAGGCCCUGGGAAGUCAAGCAAUUUGCCCAAGGUCACAGCCACAGAGCUGGGAUUGAAAUGGUCCCGACAGACUUCCGGCCUUGUGCUGUUCACACUACCCCACAAAGUGUCCAUAUCUGCUCCAAAGCCAAGUCAAGAGCAACAACAGAACCUGUCCUCCCCAUAUUAUCCAUGCAUGGAUAAUAAAUGGAAUGCUUAUUGUCCACUGGGGGAAUUUUGCUCUGGUCUUGACAAGGGCUGGUAGAAUGCCCUCAUCACUAGGUCAUGCUUUGCUAAUGAAACACAAUUCACUUACACCCCCUGCCCCGCACCACUAAUUUUUCCUUUUCCCUCCUUUUCUGGGCUUUGGUCGUGACAGGAUGGAGACUGUAUUCCACUGAAGCUGAGGGGAGAGGUGAAUGGGAAUGUCUGGGGCCUACGGGAUGUAGGAAAAGUGUAGGGGUGGGGAGCAGCAGGAGGAGGGGAAGGUAGGGAAGGUAAGCAGAGGGAAAUUGACAGCUUAACUCUGCCCCUGGGGCUCAUUUUAUGGUUAAUUAGGACAUGCAAAUAAGCUGGAAGCUCAUCUAAUACCCUCCCUGGCACGGGGCCCCGCGUCACACCUGGCCCACUUCCCUGGCAGGUACGGGGGACCCCCUGAUUGACCCAGACAUCUGCUCAGGCCCCCACCUGCUUCUCUGUGGCUCUGUGGUCACUGUGUCUCUAGAUGUUCCCUGACCAUGAACAGGACCUAGAAGAGUCCCUACCGGGCCUGCGGGAUCUCCUGGCUUCCUUUUCCUUUCCAACCCUUCAGAUCCGGGACCCCUCUUUCCCAGAGCCCCCCACCCCGGCCCACCAAGAACUUCCCCUGCACCCAGGUUAAGAUCGGAACCCCAACUUGCCCAGAGGAACAGAGACCUGCUUUGGCUCUGUCCCCACUACAUCCCGCUUCCUCUCUGUGGGGUAGGGGGCAUCCCUGUCUUUCCCAAGUCACACCAUUUCCUACAGGGCCUCCCUAAAAGCAAAAGCACAGCUUGCAUCUUGGGGAAGCAGGGGCAUGUCUCCAGCUUUCAGGGUACCUCAGGUCACUCCCCGACCCAGAGUAGCUAAGGCACUUCUGCCAAUACCAUGGAAUGAGCACUGCGUUUGGGAGUCAGACAGGAUUUCUGUCCCUGUCAGCUUGAGCAUGUUGCUUAACCUGAGCCUCAUUUUUCUUGUCUAUGACAUGGGGGUAAUGCAAGGCUGCUGGAGAUUUAAAGGACAUCAUGCAUGUCCUCCAUGCAGGAACACGGCAGAAGCUCUGGGCUGGACCACCUGACCUUCAGUUCAGGCACGAACCACGUGUCCCAGAGCAAAACCGCUAAAACAAAACAACAACAACAACAACAACAACAACAAAACCUUCAUGGAGGCUUGGUUUCCUCUUCUGUUUAAAAAAACGUAUACGGGCGGGCCCUAUUACCUCACAGGAUCGUGGCAAGGAUCAGAGAAGACAACAGGUUUCUCUAUUGUAGAGAAGACAACGUACGACGUUUUUGUACGUUGUACAAAUAUUACCCCGGUGGGCUGUUAUUUGCCAAAUGGCAAACAACUGACACUUUCUCAUGGAGGAUGGCGUGUGUGGGGAGGGGUGUGGAGAGGGCCGCAGGGGCUGCUUGAGGACCCCACUGCCCGAGGAUGGGCUCUAGGGAACACCGCCAGCCCCUCCUGUACCCAGCUGUGCCUCGCAGUCAACCGCGGGCCCUCACAUUCCUGGCAAGGACUGGAGAGCUGAAUGAGCCAAGUUCUGAUGGCUUUCAGAAGAGUCCAGCCCUGAUCUGCUCUCUGCUCCCUAAGGCCUCGGUCGCUAGAGUCUCUGCCAAGCCCCACACUUCACCCCUGCCCCUCCCCUCAGUCGCCCUGGGGACUAGUGGCCUAAAGGUGCUAGUGGCACUCCUGCUAGGAUCCCCCCCCCCGCCCCCCUGGAUGGGGUGGGAGGCGCCCUGAAGCCGCCCCUCGCAAGAGGUGUCAGGGGCUCAGGAUGACAGGCCUGGAGGAAAGGCCUAGCCAGCCCGGGGGGAUAAGGGCAGGAUCAGGACCCCAGACUGCAGUCACCCCCUUGGUACUAUUUUCUUUUUACUUUUAUUAUGUUUUUUAAACUAAGUUUCACACCCUCGUUCUCCCUCCGCUUCUAGUGUCCCUGCCCCCCAGGUGUCUCUGGAGGCAUCCUGGUGUCCUGGUCAGAGAGAGGCCUCUGAGGAACACUGAGGGAGGGGGCCCUUGGGCGGGGGGCGCCUACCUCUCCACACAGUGCUUGGGGCGAUACUAAUCUGACAAGGGACUGUGACACUUCCCCUUUAUGCUGCCUCUUGCCGGGUCCCUGGGUGCCUCAAACUCUGUACACUAAGGCCUCAGGCCACAGCUGCUGCCCUGGCUUCCACUCCACAGAAUCCAUUCUCUCUAGAUAUGCCCCUCUGGGCAUGGCGCUCAAGAGGACCGCCCCAUUCCAGGGCCUAGGAAUCACGGCCAAAAACUGGAGGCUUGCUCCACACCUCCACCCUCUCCUGCCCGUGACGGGCUCUGGGCUGUCUUCCCCUACCCCUCUGGUUCUCUCCAGUCCGGGGAAGCCCCCUAGCUGCCUCCAAAUGGUCAGGGUGGGGUGGUUCAGCUCUCAGGGGGCACUGCUGUAGGGGGAACGUGCCCUCCCUCCAGGGGCAGAGGUGCGUUCUGCUUUCCUGUUUCUGGCUCUGCUCACCCCCACCCCCACCUGGCCCCAGCUGCUUUCCCUUUCCUGCUGCCUUUCCCUCAGCCCCCUUCCCUUCCUCAUCGCCUCUCAGGAGGCCGCAGCUGCAAGGAAAUGCUCCCCACCUUCCUUCGCCUUCGGGGGGGGGGGGGGCGGAGAAUAGGGGAGGUGAGGGCAAGGUCUUCAAGGUACUGUGACUUCAUCCAUAGCCGGCCUGAUUUGCCCGGUGUCUGGAGGCCCAGCACCCCCCCAGCAGACCCCAGUGGACUUGCUCCGCCUCCUCUGGGGGCACUGCUCCCCUCCCCCAACCCCUGCUCUAUCUUCCAGGGCCCUGUGCUACUGAGUGGCUCUCUGCACUGGCUGGUCUCCGAGACCCAGGUUCCCCAUGGCCUCAGACUGGCUUUUUACUCAGCUUCCACUGCAGUUCAAAGAGCACCUCCUCUGUGAAGCCCUCCCCGGGGCCCUUACCUGCGCCUGUAUACCCAGCCACAGGAACCCCUUUUAAAAUUGCCCUUUCGCAUGUUCGUCUUCCCCUCUAGACUGUGAGCACCUCCAGGGUACCAAGUACUCAUUACUCAUUUCUGUAUCUCCCGCACCGAACACAGUCUUCAGGGCAAGCCCUGGGCUGAGCCCGGCUCUUGCGUCGGUAAGGCCCGCCAUGGUCAAGGCCCCCUCAGCCGCUCCCAAGGCCCGUUGCUAGCCCCGUCCCUAAGCUGUUGUGCAUGCCCUCUGUAACCCCCUGUGGCUUUGGCUUCUCCAUGCCAGCUGCCCAGGCCAAUCUUGUUCUCAUGCAGGCUGUCCAGGGGCCUCAGUGUCACUGGGCUGCCCAGAGCCCGGGCCCUUCGGAUGGCCACCACAGCCGCUUCUCUCCCAAGCCUGCUCAGUCCCACAUGGGCCCCAGUUCCCAUUUCAGAGGAUACUGCUUUUACCCCGGCCUCCCAAUGGUCUCCCUUUCUGCCCACUCCCUCUCCCCCAUUGCCAUUGUCCAUUUGGCAACGACAUCUGGCCCCAGGCGUACUCUACCCAAGAAGUUUUUCCUAACCUGCACUGCCAGGGAUCCCCACCCCUCCCGGGGACAUGGAGUCUGCCGGAUUCUCCUUCCUCCAUUGUACUUAUGGAGGCUCAGUCAGGGCGGGGCAGUGGGGAAGGAAGUUGAGAGUUGGGUGUUCAGGCUUCCCUACCUCCAGCCCCCACUACUGGCCACAGUCCAGGCAUUGUCUCCCAGGGACUGAGCUGCCCACAAGGCAGCAUUCGUAGUCAUUUGCGUAGAAGUGGUGGGAAAGGGGAGGGUCUCAGGCAUAAAUUUGCUUUAAAAAGGCAAACACACACACACACACACACACACACACACACACACACACA